CAACUGAACUUAAUGGUCAUCAUCAUUUAUCUAUCAUGAGAGGCGCCGUCGCUCUGGCCAGCUUCCCAUUUUGGGGAAUGCAUUGAUCGUCAACGUCCAGUUUCACAAAUUCGCUCCAAAGCGACAGUGGGACAAAGUUACUCCUUGUUUCGUCAAGCUUUUUUAUAGCUUGAGUUCAACAUCGGUUAUAAAAAGCCUCGGCCUUGCAUUUGCCGCGUCCAGUCAGCUCUGAUCCCUUGUUUUCCCGCAAUCUCCUUGAAGAUAUGGUAAAUCAAGUUCCAAGGUUGAACAACGAGAAUGAAAACCUACUUAUCGUGCUUACCCAUAUUGAUCCUCGGUUCAGUGAUAGUAGUCCAUAGCUAUCCCUUCCGCCACGGAGGCUCGAGUACCCAGUACCAACCCAGUGGUAAUGCUAUCUUCAGCAAUUUGGGCAAAUUCGGAACCAAACAUCAGCUUCAACUGAGGAAGAGAGGCGGCAGUUCGGGAAAGAGUGCCUUGAAGAUCGGAGACGCUCCUCCCAAACUGAUUGAAGCCCGUCAACAUGGCAAGAUCGUCCUUGAAUGUUCCGCCAGUGGAACCCCCGCGCCAAGAAUCAACUGGUAUAAGGACGGCAAGCCGUUGGUUAAUGAGUAUCCCCAACAUUCGUUAAGCGAGGGUGAUUACGGCGAGUUCUCCCUGGAAUCUCUGGGCGAAACGCGGUCUUUGAUCAAUAUCGAUUGCGUAUCUGAACAAGAUGCUGGCCUUUAUGAGUGCGUAGCUCACACCAAUGACAAGAAAACUUCGGUGGGCACCGAUGUGCAUGUCGUUAGUUUUGAGCCCAAUGGUUGCCUCCCUCGUCAUUUGAUGAACUUCAAAUCUACCCCACCCCGGAUCUUCCAAUGGAUGAACACUUAUCUCCAGACCAUGGGAAAUGAUGCUCGACUACUUUGCCGUGCUGAAGGUCAACACCAAACUAUGUGGUACGAUCCCAUGGGUGAGGUUGUGGACACUCAAUCUGGAAAGUUCAAGAUCUUGGACAAUGGUGAUUUGAUCAUCCACGACUUGAGCUUCACCGAGAUGGGCUUGUUCAAGUGUAUUGUCAAGAACGAGAAUGGCGAAGACACGAAAGAGACCUUCGUGUAUCCUCAUCUGGUAAAUCCGGAGCAAGAAGGCGCGAGUCUUUUUUAAACCUCCUUCAAAGAAACAACAUCCACUUCCUCCGAAGGAUCCCAUUUUGACCAAGUCGCUACAAUGAAGAUAAUGAACCAAACUAAAUUCCCCUCGACGUCCCCAGAAGCGGAGAUACGAACACAAUUAUAUAUGACUUUCAUGUUUUUGCCAAUCAUAUAACCUGGCUCGCUGUCCACGGAACAAUUUCGAAUCCAAAAAAGUAUUUAAGCCUAUGAUUUAAGUUUUAGUCAGCCAUCUUUGUUAUUCAUGUUGAUUAUUCAUCCAAAAAGAGAAUAUAUUACUCCAGAGACAAACUCUCUGACAUUCAAACACA